AUGACUACCGAACGUACACGGUAUACUAAAGAUAUACAAAUAUCUUGGCAAUGUAUAAUUGAUAAACGUAACAAUUCCAAUAAAAGAAAAUAUUUUAAUAACAAUAAAGAGAAUUUCGAACAAUUACCAUCAAAAAAAUUCAAAAAUAAUCCGAACUCUUUAAAAAAUUGUAUUGACAGUCUUCUCACUGAUCAUAACAUUGAAGAAUUAUGCAUUUACGUUCAAUCAAAGUUAAAGAAUUGGAUUAAAAAAGGCAAUCUUUACGAGGAUCGCGAACUUGUGACAAAAAUUUUAUUUCAUGCUUUACUAUCAGAUCUCCCAAACUAUUUGGUCGAUACAGAAAUUCCUAUAGAAGUAUAUCGUAAUAAAGUAAAGGUUCACACUUUUUAUGCCGACUUAUCGGUUGUUGAACUUAAAGCUACCAAUAACGCAAAACUUAAUCGAUUCAUUUUUGAAUUUAAAAACAAAAAUGUCAAUUUUUUAGAUUUAAAAGUUAAUGGAAAUAACAAUAAAUGGGAAAUCUUGGAAGAAAAAGCAAAAAAAAUAGAAAAAAUGUCAGAAAAUGAGAUACGGCAACUUAAAUGCAGUAAUUCAGAGAAAUUUGAUAAAGGGAAAACUAUUCAAACCAUUUUUAAUGAGGCUUGUCAGCAACUUUUGAACUAUGUCAAUAAUCUGAGAGAUGAUAAUUAUCAAACAUCUGCAUUCGUAGUGAUGUCUGUAGGUUCUAGAAAGUUAAUUUGGGAAAAGGUUAACUAG